AUGGCGCGCCUAAACCACAAACGCAAACGCACUGACAUGGACAAUGUUUUCUCGCGUGCGUGGGACUGGGCCUUGGGGGACCAUCAAUGGGCUAGUGCCUUUGUGGUGCUCAUUUAUAUGCAGGUACUCGGACGGACUGCAGUGCUGGCGCUUGUGAUAAACAAGACAAGACAAGACAAGAAAAGUGUUAGGUACCCUUACCCCUACCUCUACCUCAGCCUGCAGUCUGAAGCUCUGAGCGACGACUCGGCGGAUUAUGAUUAUUAUAAUAUGAAUAUGAAUAUGAAUUUACACCUCGCACAUCGCGCAUCGGCCUCGUGCAUCUCACGUAUGAAAUUCCUUCAAAUUCGAACGGGUCGUAAAGGCACCACCGUCCCGUCGUCGCCACAGCUGAGCAGUGCAGAGCUGAGAACAAUCACAUUGCUCCCCGACGACGACGACGACGACGACGGCUUCAACGUUAAUACUUCAAUUUCAAGUACCGAUAGUAGAUAG